UCUCUUCACCCUUCCUUGCCUGGCUGGGAGAGGAGAGUUUCCCCCUUUGGCCUCUCCUUCCUCCUUCUUCUUCCUCUCCUUCCGAGGAAAGGUGAUUGUUGGCGGAGAAUUUUGGAGUAGAGCCUGUUGAGGGAUUUCUUUCCCUUGAGAGAGGAGGGAGGAAACGCAUCUAGGAUCCAGUUGGCUUCUUCAUCCAUCAGUAGUUCCAACAUGGAGAGACCCAACUCACCUGGACCUGAAGCACGCAGGCCUCCCGGGAGCAAUGGCGAAUUCUGGGAAAGAACUACGCAGACAAUCCUGAAUGCGCACAUACAGCGCCAGCGCUUCAGGCAUUCCUCCUUCCGAGAGGGCGAGGGACCCAGAGAGGUUUGCAGCCGCCUCCACUCUCUCUGCCGCCAGUGGCUGAAGCCAGAGCAACACACCAAGGCGGAAAUGCUGGACCUGGUGAUCCUGGAGCAGUUCCUGAGCAUCCUGCCCCCAGAGAUGGGGAGCUGGGUCCGAGAGUGUGGGGCAGAGACCUCUUCCCAGGCGGUGGCCCUGGCGGAAGGCUUCCUCCUGAGUCGGGCAGAGGACGAGAAGCAGGAAGGACAGGCCCAAAAUAACUGUAUUGAAGUCCACCUCGGUGUCCCUGAAUCAGAAAAGUCUCACUCAGACACCACCCAGAGCCUCCAGCAGAAGGAGCUCAAGCAGGAAUCGGAUGAAGCUGCAGCCUUGCAGGGGGCUGGAAUGAUGUUGUUGCCGAAUCCACAGUCGUUUCUUCCCCUUUGUGAAGGAGUAGAACUGAAUCAGGGCCCAAUCACCUUUGAGGAGGUGGCUGUCCAUUUCUCUUUGGAGGAGUGGGCUCUCCUGAGCCCUGGUCAGAAAGCCUUGCACUUGCAGAUCAUGGAGGAGAUUCAUGGGAUGGUGGACUCUCUUGCAGAUAAAUGGAAGAAGAGCAAUGUAUACACCAAACACAGUAAGCAUCCCGGGCACAAUGAGGGCCUUCCUGGACACCAGCAAAGCUACAUUGAAGACGGAGCUCCUGCCAGAGAAAGGCCUUUCCUAUGCAAUACAUGCGGGCAGUGUUUUAGACAUUACAUGGCACUUGUGCUUCACAAGACUCUUCAUGCUGAGAAAAGGCAUCUUAAAUGGAAAGUAUCAGCAAAAUGUGUUGCUGAUUACAAAUUGCCACAUCUCAGCCAAGAAGAAAUAUUUGAAGGAACUGAAGAUUGCAUAAAACAGGAGUGUGUGGAAUCUAUUAUCCAGAGUUCACACUUGGAGAAACAUGGGAGAUUUCCCACAGGAGAGAAUUCAUACCAAUGCCAGCAGUGUGGGAAAUGUUUUGCUGACAGUUCAGCCUUGGUGAAGCAUAAAAGAGUCCACACAGGAGAGAAACCAUACCAAUGCCAAGAGUGUGGGAAAUGUUUUGGUUACAGUUCACACUUGGUGAGCCACAAAAGAUUCCACACAGGAGAGAAGCCAUACCAAUGCCAGGAGUGUGGGAAAUGUUUUAGUUACAGUUCACACUUGGUGAACCACAAAAGACUCCACACAGGAGAAAAGCCAUACCAAUGCCAGGAGUGUGGGAAAUGUUUUACUCAGAGUUCAACCUUGGUGAGCCACAAAAGAAUCCAUACAGGAGAGAAGCCACACAAAUGCCAGGAGUGUGGGAAAUGUUUUGGUUACCGCUCAGACUUGGUGAGCCACAAAAGACUCCACACAGGAGAGAAGCCAUACCAAUGCCAGGAGUGUGGGAAAUGUUUUGCUGACCGUUCAGCCUUGGUGAGCCACAAAAGACUUCACUCAGGAGAGAAGCCAUACCAAUGCCAGGAGUGUGGAAAAUGUUUUGCUUACAAUUCUGCCUUGGUGAGCCACCAAAGACUCCAUACAGGAGAGAAGCCGUACCAGUGCCAGCAGUGUGGGAAAUGUUUUACUCAGAGUUCAACCUUGGUGAGUCACAAAAGAAUCCAUACAGGAGAGAAGCCACACAAAUGCCAGGAGUGUGGGAAAUGUUUUGGUUACUACUCAGACUUGGUGAGCCACAAAAGACUCCACACAGGAGAGAAGCCACACCAAUGCCAGGAGUGUGGGAAAUGUUUUGCUCAGAGUACAGCCUUGGUGAGCCACAAAAGAAUCCACACAGGAGAGAAGCCAUACCAAUUCCAGGAGUGUGGGUAAUGUUUUGCUCACAGUUCAGUCUUCUUCAGGCAUCAAAGACUCCACACAGUAGAGAAGCCAUUCCAAUGCCUGGAGUGUGGGAAAUGUUUUGCUCACAGUUCAAAUCUGGUGAAGCACGAAAGAGUCCACACGGGAGAGAAGCCAUACCAAUUCCAACAGUGUGGGAAAUGUCCAUAGAGAUCAUAGAAAUGCCAGAUGUGUGGGAUAUGGUAUUCUUGCACGUCAUCACUUCUGAGACACCAGAGCAUCCAUGUAAGAGAGAAGCCAUACCAAUGCUAGGAGUGUAGGAAACGUUUUGCUCGAAGUUCAUACCUUGUGAGCCACCAGAAAAUUCAUAGAGGAGAAAAACCAUCCAAAGAGCUGGGACAAAAGUAAUAACAUGAAUUGCAAUAGGGAAAUUGCAGGUUCUAGACCUUCUGGUGCUGUAGAGUAUGCAUUCAGCAUUUCCCAAUGAACUUAGUUAGCACUUGGCUUGACUUUCGACCAAGACAAUUCUCUUCUUGUUUUCAGAAUAUUUUCAGGGUUGUUGCUUGUUUGUUUGUUUUUGCUUUGUUUGACCUGGGACUUUUUUGAAGAACUCUUUUGCUUCUCUAGUCACGGGCAUCAUGUCACUUAUUUCAAAAAUAAACCAUAUGUAAUUCCAUCAGUUGUUCCUCUGGGCUUAGUUCCCAGCUCCUUUAUUACCUUGGUUGCUAAUGUCCAGUUUGUGAGGGUUGUCUUUCACCUGGGAUUCCAGAAUUGAACUCGGUGCUUCUUUUGAGGGGAAGCCAAAGGAAAAGAUGUUUGCACUCUUAUUUCCCUUGAUGCGCAAAUUGUAUCUCUGGCUAGCAUUUAUUGUCUCUUUCCUUGCUCCUGGCACAUACAUUUUUAAUCCACAUUAAAUUUAAGAACACGA